CCGCUUAGCACAGGGCGGAUUUCGCAAAGUUGGAUGUUUCAACUAACUUGACUUGCGUCUUGUUUCCAGCCGUCAUCGUGUGGGUAUCCACUGUCCAGGCUGUUUGUAUACAAUGGCUGACAGUAAUUCUUCGAAUGCUUUAUCCCAGCCACCGACGCGGCAUGACGAUUCUUAUUCUCAGGGUGAAGCUCCUCUCGGGGCGUCAAACGCUUCAUUUAAGGCCGACGAACUGCUUGUUUUCGGGGCAAAACAGGUUAUUCGUCUUUUCAUCCCAGUCACCAUCUGCAUGUUCUUCGUGGUUUUGGUCGCAACUACGGUCGACUACUACGCCUCCACGGAGACUUACUUGAUCUACACACCGUUUCAUACACCAGACGCCGACUUGGGUACCAGAACCUGGCAGACGAUUGCAAACACAUUGAUUUUCAUGUCUGUCAUCAUUGUGAUGACGUGCGUUCUGGUACUACUCUUCAAGUACCAGUGUUACCGGUUUAUUCACGGUUGGCUAAUCCUGACAACUUUCAUGCUUUUGUUUUUAAUAUCCUUCCUCUUCUUCACAGAGAUUAUCCGUGCAAUGGGGAUUUUUGUUGACUACAUUACGAUGGCUUUCAUUCUGUGGAACUUCGGUGUGGUCGGGAUGGUAGUGAUUCACUGGAGAGGACCUUUGGUCUUACAGCAAGCAUAUCUGAUUUUCAUAUCUGCUCAAAUUGCACUGAUGUUUCUGAAAUAUCUACCCAAGUGGACUUGUUGGGUUCUUUUGGGGGCACUGGCAGUUUGGGACCUAGUGGCCGUCCUCUGUCCCCGAGGUCCUCUUCGUAUGCUGGUUGAAAUGGCACACGAGAGGGAACAACCACUAUUCCCGGCUCUCCUCUAUUCAACCACUGCUGUGUAUCUCAUCACCGCGUCGACCGGUGCUAAUGCCAACGGCUCUGAAGCAGAGGGCUCAGAUUCCACUGCCGAAGUACCUUUGAUGUCCGAAUAUCGUCAUUCCACCGGAGGUCAGCAAAAUUCAAGUGAUUUACCGUCCACCAACGUCACAACUUCCGAACAGCUGCGUGAGCGGCAUUUGAGGCGAAUGACGGAGCCCAUCGCUGAGCACAGUGGGAACUCGACUGACGCAGCUAGCAGAUGGCGGCAAAUUCACUUAGACCUGCGUGACAGAGAAGAACGAGGAGUCAAGCUAGGUCUGGGCGACUUUGUCUUCUACAGCUUGCUAAUUGGUCGAGCCGCAUUGGACGGGGAUGUCAUAACAGUUGCAACCUGUUACGUGGCUAUUCUGGUAGGAAUGUGUGUGACUAUCAUCGUCCUGGGUAUCACCAGACGAGCCCUCCCUGCAUUACCGGUUUCAGUGGCUUGUGGUAUCCUUUUCUAUUUUGUCACUUCAACUGUUAUUUCACCAUUCCUUCAGGUGGUCGCAGUUGGACGACUGGUUUUCUAGUAUCUUGUGCGUCUAAUGCAAUGGCUUUUAGAAAUGCAUUCUUCAGAGUUGACUUUCUUACCAAUGUGACUUGAUAUAUCUUUUUAGGGAUAAUUUCGACACUUUAUGAUUGUAAAUUAUCACCAUUUCUCGCCACUGUUUCAUGCUCCACGUAUAAACACG